AUGCAGACCUUCCAGUCACGCAAAGUAAUACACAACGAUGCUAUAAACAGCAUCACACCCGUUCCAAAAUGUCACCGCACACGAGCGGCGGCAAUGCGGAGCCUAAAAUUGGUCUUGGCGGCUUUAAUGCUCCUCGCACAUGCCGGGCGAGCGAUAACCGUCGAGGCACAUCGUAACUUUGAGCCACUGUGUGGACGACCUAUACCAAAUACGGCAUUUUUACGCUCGAGAUGUCCAGCAGCAGGUAGGAUGACACCAACAAAUUGGCCGCUAUAUGCAAGAAGACCGCACAAACUCAAACUCACGGCUGCUGGACAAUUUAGGAUCAAACCGAAGACUAACAAGUCGGUAGCUAAACGUUUUAAAAUUACUUCUACUGGGAAGAUUAUGUAUAAACGAGCUUGCACGAACCAUCUACAACGUAACAAGUGUCAUGGCGCUCGACGGCGAUUAAAGCGUUCCGUACAGCUUAAGGAUCCAACAAUGAUACGCAAAAUACUUAGCGUACUACAUAACAGAUAA